AUGGCGCCGAUAGCAAAACGACCGCGUCAAACAGACGAGUUUGACAACCCGCCAGCGCUGCCUACCUCUGCCGGCACUGGCGCCGGUGGUACGUAUUACGACAACGUACCUGGAACCUCCAUGACCCGACCUCUCGGUUCGCUACCAGUGUCCGGGCCCUCGUUCUCGACAUAUCCUGCGGCUACCGCUCCCACCACAUCCGCAGCGGCAACAGCAGCGGCGGCGACCAACGGCGCGAACGGCACAGCAGCGUAUCUUAGCUCCGGGGUCGAAGACGACGAGGAAAUGGCACCACCCAAGAGUUCAUCCACAACAGUAGGAGCGCGUGGCCGGGGGCGCGGCAGGGGAAGAGGUCGAGGCAGAGGUCGCGGUCGAGGUGCCUCCGCCGCUUCCGCUACCGCUACCGCCGAACACAAAGUGCACUACGCCAAUGGCCACCACGACGACGCAGCAUCCGACAUCUCGCCGCCCAACCCGCUCACCUUCCAGUGUCGUGCGUGCUUUCGCUUGCUCGCCGACUCGCUCGCAUUCGUCGCCACCGACCCCGACCUUGGCUACGUCAUCCUCUCCGACGUUAGCGAGAUUGUCGUACAAGACAGCUCGUAUGAAACAUCCACCGAGCCGGGCAAAGACAUCGGCUCCACCUUCGCUCGCCUGCGCUGCGUGGGUUGCAACUCCACCGUUGGGCGUAAUUACCGCACAACGCCGCGAGACUUGGACGAUCUGCGUGACUGCUACUCGCUCGAGGUAGAUGCGGUGUAUACGUACCAGCUCGGGUCGAACUAUACGAGGCAGAUCGAGGAACAGGAGAAUGGGCGCAGGAAUAAGGCCGAUCGUGCGUCGAUACAAAUGAAUGGCGGUGCAAGAGAAAGUGCGACGACUGGGGAGGACACACAGGCCCUCAUCAACAAGAUGGAGAGGACUCGGGCACUAACCAUCGAACUCAGCGAUAGGUUGAUCAAGGCUGAAGAAGAGAUUCGUCGGUACAGUGCGCUAGUCGACGAGUUGAUGCAGAAUAAACCGGACGCCGAAAAUAGUGCUGCACCCCCAUUACCACUGGAACAGGAGGCGCAGCAACAACAAAACCGACACGACACGCCGCCAGCAGAUGCAGGAGAUUCACCCUCGUUGGCGAUCUUACCAAGUGCAUCACCUUUCGAGGCAGCAGAGCAGCUCCCCCUCCGCUCACCAGAACCAGAGCCACAAGAAGAACCGCAAGCAGAAGUCGAAGCAGAAGAAGCAGAAGCAGAAGCGAAGGCAGACGCAGCCGCAGAAGCACAAGAUGCAACUUCUCAGAACGGAGAACUAGCAUCUGCUAGUCAAUCCAUCAAACCGGACUCGUCGCAGUCCUCGUCACGCAAAGUGGGCGCCCCCUCAAAGACGUAUGCGUCACUCACACGGUCAACGCGGACUACUCGACGAAUGUAG